AACGGCUUAACGCCAUAACUGAAGUGACUCGAGGUGUUAAAAUGGUUUUCAACUUAUAAUAUAUCAAAAAGGGAUAAGAGAUAGGAAAGGCUUGAUGUCAAAAUGGAUAACGAUCGUUUUCGAUUAACGUGUUUGCGCAGUUGGCAGACCUCAGACUUCAGGCGGUGUGUCGACGCCAUGAAAAGGAAAGAUUUGCCAGAUGUAAAACGAACGUUGCCGUCUAAUGUUUAUCCGCAGUAUUUCCAAACAUCAAAAAAGAACGCCGUCAUUUUUUUAAUAUUUAUUACGGAAGCCAUUAGGAUGGAAUACAUAGAAGGCUUGGAAUAUUUACGAUCACAGGGAAUUCCGUUUGAAAUACUUGAAGAAAGGACAGGCAAGAUACUAUGGAGUGCUUUAGUUGACUCCGUACAAAAUGCGAGGAUUGUCACAUUAGAAUAUCUGCUCACUAUUUCCAAGCUGAACAAAGACCCAGAUACGGAUAUGACGUUGUUGAUGAAAGCCUGUUAUUUUAAGCGCCCAGAAUGCUUAGAAAUAAUACUGAAAAGUGAAUUAAAAACAACAAUUAAAAGUCAGAGGGGUGAAAAUAAUUACACGGCUUUACACUGGUGCUUAGUAGAAAAAGGUUCUACAAGUAGAAGCCUUCAGUGUGUCCAGAUUUUGAUAGAUGCAGGUGCCGAUUUGGAUUUUAAAGAAUACGUUACUCCUCCCAAGCACAACUGCCUUCACAUGGCUGCAAAAGUUGGAAUGACCCCAAUUGUAACUUACUUACUGAGACAAGGGGUUCAAUUAUCUGAUGACGAUAAACAAAACAACAUUCUGCACUUAUUAGCGCCUAACUGCAAUUCAGGGCAUAUUACUGAAUGCAUGGGGGCUUUGAUCAAAUCUGGUCUGGACGUAAACGCUCCGAAUACCAAUAAUGAAACGCCUAUAUUUUUAGCCUCUUUACAUGGAAAUUGUCGUUUUGUUGAUGCAUUAAUCCGAAGUAAAUGUGAGUUAAACACCAAAUCAGGCGCUCAUCAGUUAUCUCCAUUAUUGGCAUCACUACUGGAAUCAAACUUUCAAAUAGCUGAACAAUUGAUUUUAACCGGAUGUGACGUCAAUUUAGCUGCCGUAAAUGGGUUUACACCCCUGAUGAAGGCGGUUAAACUAUCAAAUAUGAUUUUAAUUAAACUCCUAUUGGCACAUGGAGCGGAUGUAAAUUCUACAUCACAAUUGGGGAAAUCUGCAUCUGAUUAUUGCUACAAGCAGAAUUUCCAUAUAGCCUCUGCACACAAGAAUUCAAAAGUUUCGUUAAAGGAAUAUGUGAAUGUAACCGACUUCACUGAUAAGUGCGAUAGAGAAGUCGUCCAUGAUACGCACUCGGAUUUCGAAAUCUUGAAGGUUUUAGUAGAAGCUGGUGCAGAACUGUCACCUGACAGUUGUCUGUUACAUCGUGCCAUAAGCAUUGCGGAUUUGGCAGGUGUGGCUUUCUUGAUCGAUAAUGGUGCAUGUGUAAAUAAGAAAAAUAAACGAGGAGAUACACCGCUUAUGGUAGCAGCUAAAAGAGGGUUACAAGAAAUAAUAAAAUUACUGCUGACUAAUGGCUGUGACGUGAACAGUAGGAAUUUUAAACGGGAAACCGCUUUACAUAAAGUUAUCAAGUCUGAACUGUCUGAGAAAUUAAACGUAAUCUUGUUAUUGGAAAAUGGCGCCAAUGUAAACUUAAGGGACCGGGAUGGGGAUACACCGCUUAUGAUAGCAGCUAAUAGAGGACUACGUGAAGUAAUAAAGGUACUGCUGGCUAACGGUUGUGAUGUAAACAAUCAGAAUCUUGAAGGGGAAACCGCUUUACAUAAGAUUAUCCAAUCUGAACAUUCUAACAAAUUAAAAACUGUAUUCUUAUUGUUGGAAAAUGGUGCCAAUGUAAACUUAAGGAACGAAGAUGGCAAAACAGUGUUAAGGGUUGCAGUAGAAAUGGCAUUAAAUGCCGAAGAAAUGAAGUGUACUGUAAACAAAAUGAUGGGAAGCCGUGCGGAGAUCAUUAUUAAAUCUGAACAGGUCGACCAAUUAGAAAAUAAAACCAAUGUAAACUCAACGGAACGAGAAGCCAAGCCGUUGUUUAUUAAGGUAGACUUAUCAAGGAAAUAUAUCGCAGUUAUAAAAGUACUGAUUGAGAAUGGUGUCGAUUUGAACUUGAGUGAUAUAGACGGUAAAACAGUGCUGAUGGUAGCAGUUAAAAAAAGAAGCAGACGGUUGGUAGAACUACUUUUAAAAGCGAAUGCUGAUGUAAUUCAACGAGAUAUUUAUGGACAUACGGCUUUAUUUUACCUAGACUUUGGCACUGAUCGCAGAUGGGUGAAUAUUUUGAAAUUAAUUCUAAUGAAAGGAUGCGACGGCACCGACCUAUGCGCCCCCUCGUUGCAGUGUUUAUUGUUAAACACGCAUGAGGCGAAUAUAAUGAUGUAUCUGCUGAUAGAAAACUGUAAGUUGUGUCCAUUAUAUAUGGAAUGGUACCUUAUCCAAUUUUCCGACCCUUUAUUGUUGGGAAAGAUUUUAUAUGAAAAUGGAACUGCCGUUAAAACUGUGGCAUCCUUGUAUAGGAAGCUAGGUGUGGGUUCUGGCAGACGAAAGUAUGAGGUUGUCGCAGACAACUUCCAGGAAUACCGUAAAGAUAGAAAAUUAAAUUUUAUUUGUAGACGAGUCAUUAGAUCAUGUAUGGGUGCUGGUAUCAUGACCAACAUAAACAAGCUACCAUUACCCCCUAAACUAAAAGAGUUUAUCAAAAUGAAUGAUGUCCUUCCAGAGCAAUACUUUCAGCUGAGCUUAAAUGACGCAGAUGAUGUACCAAAGUGUGAAAUAUUUUGUUUGCAGCUUGACUCUGAUUAUUAGCUGUUGGAAAACACAACGGCCAGUGGGUGACAUUCUUCGAGAUAAAAUUUAAUAUGAUAUUGAAAUUCAAGAUAACCACCAUUGUAUAGGGCUUUUCCGGUAUAGUACCAUUUAUGCAAAUGAGGAAACGUAGAGGGCCUAGGUACAACCCUUGUGGAACUCACUUGACCACAGUUACCUGGUUGCCAAGUCUUCAGACAAAUGAUUACAUGGACACCUUGUUGAAUGGAUGGGACCAGUUCUAUUCUCAUGCAAAGGAUAAUCGAAUUGCGUUAUAUUAGACCAGGUCGUGCAGUGGAUGUAGUUAUAUCUGAUUUGGGAACCAGAAUUCCUGCUAUUUUUUAUAUUAAAAAUGGCCUCUCUCUUGCAUUGAUGUCCUCAAUUGAAAUAUCUAUAAUAAUUCUGUAUAUGGAACAUGAACUUUUGUAGAAACCGCGGCAUCAAAACUACACUUUUUAAACAUUCUUCUUCAAACGACGCCAUUGCAUUCAAUUACUAAGAACUAACAAACGUGUCUAGCAUCAUAUUGCCAUACAACGCAUUUAAUCAUUGUAUUGUGUAACUAGUCUUUAAGUCACUGACACUAAAAUUAGAUAUUCCUACGAUGACCACGCAUUAAAAUGAAAUGCCACAUAAACAAAUUGAAUCUGCUACAAAAAAGCAGACAAUGUUCAUCAUCGAACUCCAUGAAGGGAUUCACACAAUGAAGGCCCACACCAAGUUUGAACAUUCUACCUCAAAUAGAAGGAGAGUUAUUGUGUUCCAAAGUCUCGACCAAUCAAAUUGCUUAUCGCUCUGCUUACUCUUAGCAGAAAAUGUUCAUUAUCGAACUUAAGUCAAGGUAUUGAUGUAAUAAAGCUAUACACCAAGUGUCCUCACUUUCACUUAAUUAGAACUAAAGUUAUCGUGCCCCAAAGCAUCAACCAAUCAAAUUGCUUAUCUCGGCUUAACCUUGGCAGACAAUAAACACCCACUCCAUCAAGGCAUUGACCCAAUAAACACCUACAACAAGUUUGAACAUUCUAGCUCAAUUAGAAAGAGAGUUAUUGUGUCCCAAAAAGUGUGACGGAUAGACGCAUGAACCCAUUUUAAUAGUCCCUGCUUUCUUCGAAAGGCGGGGGGACAAAAAGAAAAAGAAGAAAUGGAACAAAACCAUGCAGCAUUAAAUUUAACACAGACAGACAGGACAGAACUGAACAAAAAAAAUGAAGAACUGAUACAGAAGGAAGAAGAAAAGAAGGAAGAAAAAAAGAACCCAGCCGUCAGCCCAAAACCUUCCGUGUUAAAAUACGCCCGAGUCGCAUUUACUCCUCCCUUAUCGAUUAGUGAGUUGGGUGAUCCCUAGAGGGAUACAUUCAAAUCUUACCAAGAAAGGGGAACUACAACCAAACGGAUAAGUUAACCGAAGCUCAAUUAGCAUUCUUUAUGUAUUGGAUAGAUAAAAAGAAGCAUCUCAGUGCUAGCAACUACCAUGUAAUGGAGUUGGUUAGGGAUGGGUGUUUGGAAGAGGUACUCGUCUCCUUCCGCCGUCAUGAAUCUUCAGGCAUAUCUACUCAACAGAAAAAGGAGUAUACUUCGAAAAAGGAGAAGUAAAGAAAUUGAGUUUCAUGAAAUUGAUGAGGGCCUGAGCACUCACUUUUUUAAUUUGUAUAUAAAUUUUUAAGUUUUGUAUAAAGUUUCAAAUUUUUAUACAUUUUUAGUUUGUAUAUAGUUAGUUUGUAGUUUAGUUUGUAAUGUUUUAAUAAAGUUUCAUCUCUAAAAAAUAUCUUAAAAGUUGUAAAAUUUUGAAAAUUCUAAAACAGUAAUAAUAAUAAUCAGCGGCUGCCAGGCAAAAUACGCCAACAUUUUCCAAGAUUGAGAUAUAAACAAACUGUAGCGGUAUCGAUAUCCAUUGGUAUUCGGUAAGAUUUUAGAACUUUUACGCUCAAAGGAUUUAGAUUCGGCAGCUGUCAUCAAUCGAGGACUGCAAGAACUGAAGUUUAAUUACUUUGCAGCCUUGCGGUUUACCGAUAAAGCAAAAAACAGAAACACUCACUUGACAGGCAAGGCUGUUUGGUCUAUAACCUUCGGUGGAAGAAAGCUAACAGGGGAAAUCGCCACCGAGUUCGCUGCUAGAGACCUUAUUUUUGAGUCAAAGUUAGCUUAUAUUUUCCAGGAUGACCGUAUCGUAUUUCCCUGGAUUGCAUAGUUGGUAAGGCGAAUGGAAGGGUUGCCGAUCGAUGAUACGGCACAGAAAGAUGUUCUUGUUUUCAUAUCGAGUCUUGCAUUUCUCAUGGAGGGUUUGUACGUUAAUCAUGAAAAACUACGUCACUUCUCCCUUCCGUUAUCAAUAUUAAACUCUUAUUGGCACAUGGGGCGGAUAUAAAUUAUUAAAGGAAACUUGGAAAAUCUGCAUGUGAUUAUUGCUGCAGUAAAAAGUACACAAGAAAUCGACAAAUAUGGGAGCUUGUAGGCGCUAAGACAGAAAUAAGAGAAAUACUGGAAGACAUCUUCCAACUUUGAUAUCUUGGUGGUAAUACUGGAAGCAGGUGGUAAAGUGGAACCAAAUGUUGUUGGUUUUUUUUGUUAUAUGGUGCCGUACGGAAUGGUGAUGCAAAAGUCGUGACCUACUAAAUAGAUCAAGGGGCAUGUGUAAAUACAAUGAAUGACGAUGGCGUUACACUGCUUAUGAUAGCAGCAAAACAUGGACGAAACAUGUAGUUAUUGUGUUGAAUAUAGUAAAUAACAACAAAACAAUUUUUCUAGAUGUAA